CUUGAUUUGACCUGUAUCUGGCAACCCUGGUUGAUUCUUAAAACUGAAAGUAAUGGCUGCGUCUUCUUGCUCUGUUUUGGGUGCCUGAAAUUCCAGACUGAUUUAAUUACAAGGAGCUCAGACAUAAGAAGAAAACACAGAUCGUGAUGGCAGCAGUGGAGGACGUAGAGACUUCUCUGCAGACAAGCUCCCUAAACGAGGGUGCUGUCAGGAUUCUGCUGGUGGGUAGAAUUGGAUCAGGGAAAAGCUCAUCAGGAAACACAAUACUGGGACAGAAACUGUUUAAGAGUCCAAACCGCUACAAAGAGAAAGUUACAAAAACAUGUGAAGAACAAACCUGCCAAGUUUCUGGAAGAGAGGUGUGUGUGAUCGACACUCCGGACCUGCUGGAUCCGAACCUCACUGAAGAUCAGCUGGAGCAGGAGAAGGAAAAGCUGAAGUCUCUUUGUCAGGCUGGUCUUCAUGCUGUUCUGCUUGUGGUUCCUGUUGGAGGAGAUCUGCAGAACGAGGAGGAGAUGCUGGAGUUCACUAAAGCACUACUGGGUCAGGAGGUCCUGAAUUUUGUGCUGGUUCUGUUCACUAUGGGAGAGAGACUGGAGGAUGACGAGACAUUGGAAGACUAUGUCAAGGGUGGAGAAGAGAAGCUGCAAACACUGGUUAGAAACUGUGGAAACAGGACCCACACCUUCAGAAACAUGGAGAAAAACCAAAGCCAAGUCUCUGAUCUUCUAGAGAAGAUUAAUGGAAUGGUGACCUCCAACAGAGGAAUAUUCAAGAGGAGGAAAAGCAUUGAGCAUCCUUUAGAUUUUUCAGGGCCUAAAAAACAACCUCCCCAGUUAAGGCUGGUCCUGCUGGGAAAGACUGGAGUUGGGAAGAGUGCUUCUGGAAACACCAUCCUGGGGAGACGCAUAUUUGAGGAUGAAGUCAGCUCAGCAUCCCAGACAAAGCAGUGCACUGUACAGAAGAUUGUGAGAGAUGGCAAGGAGCUUUCUGUGAUUGACACUCCUGGACUAUUUGAUAAUACACUGAGUAAUGAAGAGAUUAUUCAGGAAAUUGCUAAGUGCUUGACUUUAGCGUCUCCAGGACCGCAUGCAUUUCUCAUAGUGAUAGGUCUGGGCAGAUUCACUCCAGAAGAAAAGAACACCAUUGAGGAAAUUAAGGAGCUGUUUGGUAAGGAUGUCACAAAACAUACAAUGGUUCUGUUCACUCAUAAAGAUACUUUAAAGGGAAAAACUAUCGAUGAGUUUUUGCGGAAUGGUGAUGCAGACCUGAAACAGCUGGUGAAAGACUGUGAUGGCAGGUUUCAUAGCUUUGACAACAACUCCCAGAACUACACACAGUUCACAGAGUUCCUGUCCAAAGUAGACAAGAUGGUAAGAAAAAAUCACUUCUGCAAUAAUGAGAUGUUUAAAGGUCUUGAAUGUAAAAUACAGCAAAUACAGAAAGAAAAGCUAGACAAAAAGUUGAAGCAAUGCAAAGGAGACAACCCUGAUAUCUCUCAGACUGAAUGGCAGAAAAUCUACUGGAAAUUAGUGGAAGAAUCAAGAAACGAAGCACAGGAAAGUGUCAUCAAAGAGAUCUGCGCUGUAGCUUUUGCAAAAUUAGCAGGGAAACUAACAGUGACAAGUGCAGAGAAAGAAAGUGCCAUUGAAGCUACAGAGAGGAAGGGGAUCAGCAGGAGUGAAGCUUUGCGCUUAGCUGUGAAAGCCACUCGGAAACUAGCAGUUAAAAGGGUGUGUCAACAUCAGUGAAAUAUAAGAAGAGUUGCGCUGUGAAAUACACCGGGAGAAACAUAUCUUACACCAAAUACUCAUUUUUGACAUUUCCUUAUUUUAAAAGAAUCAAUAUAACAUAAAAUAACAUAAAUCCAAUGGGCGGCACGAUGGCUUAUGGGCGGCAUGAUGGCUUAUGGGCGCCAUGGUGGCUUAGUGGUUAGCACGUAAGCCUCCCAGCACUGGGGUCUUGAGUUCAAGUCCCUAUCUGGGUGGAGUUUCCAUGUUCUCCCCUUGUCUGUGUGGGUUUCCUCCGGGGACUCUGGUUUCUUCCCACAGUCCAAAAACAUGGUGAUCAGGUAAAUUGGAUAAUCUAAAUUGCCCAGGAAAAUUGAUUACUCUAAAUUGAUCUGGUUAAUUGGAUACUCUAAAUUGAUCUGGUGUGUAAAGUGUUUGGUAUAUAUGCAAGUUUGUGUAUGUGUACAUGUAUGUAUGGCUGUGUGCCCAGAUAUAGAUUGGCACUCUGUCGUGGGUAAUUGCUGUAGUGCCCGGCGCAGUCCUCCAGGUGGACGGUCGUUUCCGGUUGAGAGUACGCUGUGCACUAUUGGACGGUUGUUUCCGGUUGAGAGUACGCUGUGCACUAUUGGACGGUCGUUUCCGGUUGAGAGUACACUGUGCACUAUUGGCUGCCGCUUCUCACAGGUGUCUGGAUGAGUGUUGAUGUGUAAUGUGCUUGAAAAAUGUGUAAAUUGUAAAGCGUAUUUGGGUUUCUAGAAAGGCGCUAUAUAAGUUGAACUUCAUAAAACUUCAAAGUCAUGUCUGCUCAAUAGAUGAAAAUAUGUGGAAUAUUGUUUUUGGACAGUGCUGAAUGCUAGAGUUAUAUUGCCAAAAUAUUUGCUGGUCUGCCUUCGCAUGCAUAAGAACUUUUGGUGACAUCCCAUUCUUAAUCCAUAUUGUUUAGUAUGAUGUUGGUCCAUCCUUUGCAUUUGUAACAUCUUUAACUCUUCUGGGAAGGCUUCACCAAACUUUACGCUUGGCACAAUGCAGUCAUACAAGUAUAAUUUUCUAGCAACUACCAAACCCAAACCCAGACUCAUCCACCCGAUCAUGAGAUGAUGAAGUGUAAUUUGUCAGUCCAGAGAACACGUCUGCACUGCUCUAGAGGCAGGUGGUGGCACGCUGUACUCCACUGCAUCCAGCACGUAGCAUUGCAUUGAUGGAUGAAGCUGCUCGGCCACGGAAACCCAUUUUAUGAAGCUCUUUACACUUUACUGUUCUUGAGAUAAUUUAAAGGCCACAUGACGUUUGCUGGUCUGUUGAGAUUGGCUGCAGAAAGUUGGUAACAUCUGCGCAGUAUGCACCUCAGCAUCCACUGAUACACUGCCACUUUUACAUAGUCUAGUUGCUGUUGUGCCCAGUUGCUUCCAGUGUGUUAUAAUAUCACUGACAGUUGAUGGAAUAUUUAGUAGUGAUAUUUUCAUUAAUGUUUUUAGAAACAGUCUGCAUUCCUAGGUGCUUGGUUUUAUACACCUGUGGCCAUGAAAGUGAUUGGCAGACCUGAUGUUACUGUAUUAGUUUUGCUUAAAAACAUCUCUAUACAAACAUAAACUCUUUGUUUUUAAGCUUUAGGCAAUGUAUGUUUUGUAUAUAUGCUUCACUGUUAUUAAUUUGUUGUUGUGAAUUAUAUGAUUUACAGGUACAUGAAGAAGUAUGUAUUGUGUACUUUUACUGUCGGAAACAGUUCUCUUAUACACUGUAUAUAUAUAUAUAUAUAUAUAUAUAUAUAUAUAUAUAUAUAUAUAUAUAUAUGUUAUUCAUAACCCAAUUAUACAUUUUGUAUGUUUCAUUCAGAAUUAUGGUCAUGAUCAUUUUUGUUAUGACAUUUGUUGGAACUUGCACAUACUUUAGUAAGCUACAUUUCUAUACAUGCUGUUUAUUGUCAUAAAUUAUGUUGCUUAAUUUUUUAAGAAUAUUGUGAUGCUUCCAUAAUUGUAUAUUGUUUCUAUUAAUUA